CACUGUCCCAGACGAAGAGGAAACCGGUCAGUCAGUGUCUCGCCAGUAGGAAGAACGAAUAUUUAGCCGGUUCUUCGAGCAGACACGCGCUUUUUUCUACGAAUGAUACUAAUUUCGAGUGCAGUUUGCAAGAUCUUCUCUGGGUGAAACACGGUGCAAUUUUAUUGAUACAAUUUCCUACCCGCAGUCAAGUAUAUUAAAAACAAAAACAAAAAAUCACGAUGUUUCGAAAUCGGCGAAAAAUCGAGCGAACGUUGAAAUACAUCCUAGGCUGCGGAUUAUUUAUAGUGAUCGUUAGGUUAACGAUUCUUCGCGUGGGUGAAGAAGAUAGACCGGUGGCUACGCUCGAAGAAUUGAGCAAAUUAAUGGUGGAGGCGGAGGCAGAUAAUUUUAAGCGGCUGGCGAGAGUCACAAACACGUGCAAAAAUUAUAAUCUAGGAUCGUACAGAGAUCCUAAUAAACCUGCGAUCUUCAAACAUCCGCCCGCGCCGCAGUACGCUGUCUUUUACAUAACUAGAUCGCAUAAUCUAUCAUACUGUCCGAUUUACAAAGCCGGCAGCACAACGUGGAUCUACAACUUGUGCCUUCUGAUGAAUGUGCGAGAAGACGAACUGAACAGUGGAAAGGAGCAAAUAUCGGCGAUCGCCAGGAGAGUGAUACCGGAACUUGAGUAUCCAGAAGCUGAAAAGGCGCUGAGGGGAACGAAGAAACUGCUGGUGGUAAGGCACCCAUUUGAGAGAUUGCUGAGCGCGUAUCGCGAUAAGCUGGAGAACUCCGUGGCUGGAAGGGAGCACGGGACACUUCACUUUUAUCGGAAAUACGGCGGCAAGAUUGUUCAAAAGUAUCGCGAAAAGAACUUCACGAGACCGCGCGAUGACCAAGUGAUCCGACAAUAUGGCGUCCCGGCGCCGAAUGGGAUCGAGCCUACGUUCAGAGAAUUCGUGGAGUACUUGAUCCACACGGAUCUAGCCAGCUACGGAGACGAUCAUUGGAUGCCUUAUUAUCUGUUUUGUACUCCUUGCCUCGUCGAUUAUGAGAUAAUUGCGAAGGUAGAAACAUUGCGGCGAGACCAGAUCUACGCGAUCCAUAAAUUCGGGUUGCAGAAGUUAAUUAAGCCAAGGUGGCGACACAGCGGAGGUCACUUGAAUGCAUCAAAAGUAUACUUCAGUCAGCUCAGCCCGAACAUGGUGGAGAAGCUCUACGAAAAAUUCAAAUUGGACUUCGAUCUGUUCGACUACUCGCCGGACGUUUACUAUCGAUACGCGACUGGGCCAUCACUCCGUCAAUAAAUUCUAAUUGAUACCGUCUGCCACACCUGUUUACACCUAAACGAUCUAAAAAUGCAAUUUUCUCAAAUCAUUGCCUGUACGUUUUAAUCAUUUCUUGAAUCGUUGAGACGAUUGCUCUAUCCUUCCUGAUUGAAUUUAAACGAGCAUCGAUCGUCUCUCCGCAUGAGAAUCGCUGGCGGCGCUAAUCGACUCGCUCAUGGAAUAUUUAAAAAUCCAACUACACAAUGGUGAAUUCAAUCCGGACCGGUUCCGAACUGUCGCGGCCACGGUAAUCGCCGGUUGAAACACUCAACGGUUACGAAAAACAAAAAGAGCAAGAACUAAGGGGACGUGUUAAAGUCUGAUAAGCACACGUAGCCUUAAUUGAUGGGGUUUAAAUCACGUUACGCCACGCGACGAACUUUUGCCAACGAAAUCGAUUGACCUAGUUUCCCGCGGAUGUAUCAGAACGAUCUGUCCCAAAGUCCUUCCCCUUAAACCGGCGUUAAUGGGGGUCGUGAACGGACAAAGGAAAAAAUAUACGUCGACGAUUACUGGUCAGUGUCCCUUCAUUGAUCCCCGGACGUUUAUGUCGAUAGAACAUUACAAUUUUUAUGUCUACUCUAGAGUCCUCGAAGUGUACGUACACAGUCAUUAUUUAUGAAGAUAAUUAGACGAUAAAUAACUUUACGAA